AUGACGCUGGACCAGGAGUACACGAAGCUUGUAUCUCGGCGGGACGAGUUACAGAAGCAAGAAGUCACGCUCCGGAGGGAGUUUACGACACUAGUGCGGAAGAUCGCAAGCAUCACGGCUGUGCUUGAAACAAUCGAGUCUCCACAGGUAAUCGAACGGAAUUUGCCCUCAGACGAGGUACUGCAGAAGGCGCCAGGACUACAACCACUCAUAGAGAUGUUGGUAACACUGGAUGAGACGCCGCUGGCCGAAAUAGAGAUCCCAGAGAAGCUGAUGCACUCGUAUGAAUUAUUUAGGAACACACCUCUACUAUAUAAGGACAACCCAGGCCACUUGUGA